UAAAGUUCCGCGCCGGAAGUGGGCGGCCAGGUGGCCCGGCUGGGGGCAGUGCACGAGAGCCAAAGCUGGAGUAGGGCCCCGGGCCAGCUAGACUGAGAGGCGUGACAAGGCCCAUAGGCGAACUCAUAGAGGGGCUUUCGCGCCCCGGGGGAAGAGAAACCCGACUACAGCGGAUGGGAGCCGGCUCUCUGUGAAGAUGGCGGGGCCGGAGCUGCUGCUCGACUCUAACAUCCGCCUUUGGGUGGUCCUACCCAUCGUUAUCAUCACCUUCUUUGUGGGCAUGAUCCGCCACUACGUGUCCAUCCUGCUGCAGAGCGACAAGAAGCUCACCCAGGAACAAGUCUCCGACAGUCAAGUCCUAAUUCGGAGCAGAGUCCUCAGGGAAAAUGGAAAAUACAUUCCCAAACAGUCUUUCUUGACACGAAAAUAUUACUUCAACAACCCAGAGGAUGGAUUUUUCAAAAAAACUAAAAGGAAGGUAGUGCCUCCUUCUCCUAUGACUGAUCCCACUAUGCUCACAGACAUGAUGAAAGGCAAUGUAACAAAUGUGCUCCCUAUGAUUCUCAUUGGUGGAUGGAUCAACAUGACUUUCUCAGGCUUUGUCACAACCAAGGUCCCAUUUCCACUGACUCUCCGUUUUAAGCCUAUGCUGCAACAGGGAAUUGAACUACUCACAUUAGAUGCAUCCUGGGUGAGUUCUGCAUCCUGGUACUUCCUCAAUGUCUUUGGGCUUCGGAGCAUUUACUCUCUGAUUCUGGGCCAAGAUAAUGCCGCGGACCAGUCACGGAUGAUGCAGGAGCAGAUGACGGGAGCAGCCAUGGCCAUGCCCGCAGACACCAACAAAGCUUUCAAGACAGAGUGGGAAGCUUUGGAGCUGACGGAUCACCAGUGGGCACUGGAUGAUGUCGAAGAGGAGCUCAUGGCCAAAGACCUCCACUUCGAAGGCAUGUUCAAGAAGGAAUUACAGACCUCUAUUUUUUGAAGACCACGCAGGGAUUUGCUGUGUCAGGAACUCAGAGUAGCGGUUAACUUUGUAACUUUGGUUUGAGCUGGAAGCCUCUCAGAAUAAAAAGGAGGAUGCAUGAGCCGGCAGGGUGUUCAGCAGGAAGUGUUCUUAUCUGAGCCAGGUUCCCCUGUAUGUCUGAAACUAGAGACAUUUGAGGAGUCUGUGCUAGAUGACUUACCCGGAAAUGGCUAUUUUUAAAAUGUUUUACAUUUUCCUUCUGGUGAGUCUGAUAAUGAAAGUCAAAGAAAGGGGGAAUACUCAAGCUAGUAAUAAUAUAUAAAACUUAGCAAAAAUUCAGUCUUUGGAAAAUGCAUUGUCAGUUAUACCCUAAUUAUUAAGCACAGUCAGCCUGACUUCUAACCACAGCGAACACCUGUUUUCUUGGGAUCCAAACACCCCUUGUGUUUUACCUUUAAUUUUUUGUUAGUAUUUCUACAACUUUCUUUACACAAAUGAUACAUUUUCAUUACUGAAAAUUUAGGAGCUAUGGAUGAGCAAAGUGAAAGCUCCCUGUGUUGUUCGUUUUGAGCCUACCGAGUGACAUAAAGAGCAAAUGGGUCAAAACCUGAUUCAGAUAAGCUCUUUUCAGAGUGAAUACCCAGGGCUAGGACAGACUUAGCCAGCCUUCUAUCUCUUAACACUGUCCAGUGAAAAUCGGCAACACUGAGACACUGCCGGAUUCUCAAGUGCCUUUGGGAUCAUCAAAGAUAGGAUACAUAAUCUGAGGUCUUGAGCUGGAGUUCAGAAGAUAUCAAAUCCAUUGACAGAUCAACAGUGCUAUACCGAAUAUGGCUACUCAGUUGAACGAAAGACCUCAUUUCCCAGUUACUCUGGAUAAGAGAGUUUACAUAUCGCUGUAAGAAGGGAGAAAGGGCAAUUGCUGGCAGACACGUAGUGAAGGUUGGCCCAGGAAAUCAUUCCGUCUGGAUUAACUGUCCCUGGGAAGUGGCAGGGCGCCAUUUCUGUACCAAGAGGUGAAUGUAAUUUGCAUGUUGAACGCUGCAAUCAAGAACAAACAACUCUUGACCAGCAAUUAAAACUUUCUGUUUUCUCUGCCUAUAAAA